AUGGUCAACUCCUGUUGUGGCUCUGUCUGCUCUGACCAGGGUUGUGGUCAGGAAACCUGCUGCCAACCCAGCUGCUGCCAGACCACCUGCUGCCGCCCCAGCUGCUGCGUGUCCAGCUGUUGCAGGCCCCAGUGCUGCCAGUCUGUGUGCUGCCAGCCCACCUGCUGCCGCCCCAGCUGCUGCAUCUCCAGCUGCUGCAGGCCCCAGUGCUGCCAGUCUGUGUGCUGCCAGCCCACCUGCUGCCGCCCCAGCUGCUGCAUCUCCAGCUGCUGCAGGCCCCAGUGCUGCCGCCCCAGCUGUUGCCAACCCCAGUGCUGCCAACCCACCUGCUGCCGCCCCAGCUGCUGCAUUUCUAGCUGUUGCCGCCCCAGCUGCUGCCAGCCCCAGUGCUGCCAGCCCACCUGCUGCCAGCCCACCUGCUGCCAGCCCACCUGCUGCCAGCUCACCUGCCGCCAGCCUUGCUGCCGCCCCUGCUGCUGCCUGCGUCCAGUCUGUGGCCAAGUCUCCUGCCACACCUCUUGCUAUCGCCCAACCUGUGUCGUCUCCACUUGCCCCCGCCCCCUGUGCUGCGCCUCCUCUUGCUGCUGAGCCUCUUACCUGGACCCACCCUCACCCCUUCCUCUUACUCAUCAGAGAAGCAGUCUUAUGC